GCCAUAGCACCACCACCACGUCAACCCCGACACCCACGGCCACGACCACCACCCAUCACCACCCGCUCCCUCACAGGCUCCACGUCCAUCGGCAUGCUCCGCUCCCAGUGAAGCGCUCAAUCUCGUCUCCCGCCGCGACUCCGUCGCCCAACCCCAACUGCCGCCCACCCACCGCCCCGACGUCAUGGAGCCCCAGUGGACGGCCUACUCAGACACCCCGAGCGCCCGAUAUUCGCACACGAUGCAAUCGCCCCCGCACGCCUCGCGGGAUGCCAGCGUGUCGUCGCAGAUGAAGCAGGACGCCUAUGCAACCCCCUCCCGCCAGAACUCAAUCGCCAUGCAAUCGCCCGCUGGUGCUGGCGGUGCUGCUGUUGCUGCUGCCGCCGCCGCCGCUGCAGGCCCCCGCCCCGAGUACAACGACGGCGAUGGUGACGUGCCCAUGGAGGAUGCCUACAAGCCAAGGCUCAAUGCUGUGCGCCCAACCCAGCAGCAGCGCCACUCGCAGCAGUUCAUCCAGCAAGAGGAGAGUGCUGCCGCGCGCAGAUAUUCGCCCAUGAACCUCUCCCCCACAUCGCCCUACUCAGGCAACCCGCAGCAGAGUGGCCAGACCUACACCAGCUUUACCCCUCAGUCCCAGUCCCAGGCGCAGGCGCAGACACAGGCCAGCCGCCAGAGCCCUACGCGCAACAAUCCCUACAUGUCGCCGCCCAGCAGCUACUACUCUCCGCCAUCCUCCCGACCACAUGCGCCCCAACUGCCUCCCAUUCAGUCCAACAUGGGCCAAGAGAGCUUCUAUCCGCAGUCUGCGACGGCACAGCUGAAUGCUGUGUACAACAGAGACAACCGGUCACCGCGCGCGACUUCCAAUUCCAACUCGAAUCCUCCGCACCUGCCGCCCAUUGGACGAGGACCGGUUCCCAAGUUCGAAAAAGUCUCCAACACAGCCGACUUGCAGCCUAAGAUCAAUGCCCAACCGCCAUUCCGUCGCGCCAACCCAGAGGGAGGCUUCAUCAGUCCCCUCCAAGCUCUCACUGCCCAUCUGCCUAUGACGUACAAGCUGUGCAAUGGUGGAUUCAACUACCAAUCGUCGCGAAAUCCCCGUCGCGUCCUAACCAAGCCCAGCAAAGGAGUCAAGAAUGACGGUUACGACAACGAGGACAGCGACUAUAUUUUGUAUGUCAACGACAUUCUGGGAUCGGAGGAAUCUGGACACAAGAACCGCUACUUGAUCUUGGACGUGCUGGGACAGGGCACAUUCGGACAAGUCGUCAAGUGUCAGAACUUGAAGACGCAGGAGGUAGUAGCCGUCAAAGUGAUCAAGAACCGGACAGCAUACUUUAACCAGAGUAUGAUGGAAGUCUCCGUGCUUGAUUUGUUGAACAAGCAGAUGGACAAGAACGAUGACCACCACCUGUUGAGACUCAAGGACACUUUUAUUCACAGGCAGCAUUUGUGUCUGGUCUUUGAGCUGCUGAGUGUCAACCUCUACGAGCUGAUCAAGCAGAACCAGUUCCGCGGACUGUCGACGACCCUAGUUCGCGUCUUUGCGCAGCAGUUGAUUAACGGAUUGGCACUGCUCGGGAAGGCCAAACUCAUACAUUGUGAUUUGAAGCCUGAGAACAUUCUGUUGAAAAACCUUGAAAGCCCAAUCAUCAAGAUUAUCGAUUUCGGUUCCGCGUGCGACGAACGCCAAACUGUGUACACAUACAUCCAGUCACGAUUUUACCGUUCGCCAGAAGUUCUGCUUGGUUUACCAUAUUCGGCCGCAAUCGACAUGUGGUCACUGGGCUGCAUUGUCGUCGAGCUAUUCCUCGGUCUGCCACUUUUCCCAGGUUCAUCCGAAUACAACCAGGUUUCGCGGAUAACAGAGAUGCUCGGACUACCACCACAUUGGAUGUUGGAGAUGGGCAAGCAGUCUGGAGAGUUUUUUGAAAAGUCGCAGGACGAGUACGGUCGCAAGCAGUACCGGCUCAAGUCCAUGGAGCAGUAUUCCAGGGAGCAUGGAACCAAGGAGCAACCUAGCAAGAAGUACUUCUCCGCCACGACCCUGCCAGACAUCAUCAAGAACUACCCCAUGCCGCGGAAGAAUAUGAAGCCGAACGAGAUUGAGCGAGAAAUGGGCAACCGGGCUGCCUUUAUCGAUUUCGCUCAGGGAUUGCUAAACCUCAAUCCCCUUGAACGCUGGACCCCCGCUCAGGCGAAGCUUCAUCCGUUUAUCACACAGGCCAAGUUUACUGGGCCGUUCGUACCUCCAAUGACGCUCAAAUCCAGCUCAAGCCGAUCGCCAGCACCGGGUGUUCAGGAACAACAGCGAUAUGAGGGCUUGAGCAGACAGCGACAACAGCAACAACAGCAAGCGGUCGCGCAGCAGCAACAGGCGCAGGCAGCCCAACAUGCCGCCUAUGCAAACAUGCAGAUGAACCAAUACGCUGCCGCACAGAGCCCGCAAGCUCAGCAAAAUCCCUACAACAUGUACACACCCAACCAUCAAGGUGCACCGCCACCUUAUCCCUCCCAGGCAGCACAAUAUGGUCAGCCCAUGAACAUGAUGCAGCCGCAACAGCCACGGCAAUAUAACCAGCCUCAGAACCUCUAUGCGCAAGCCACGACCCGUGCCGGACGACAACGGGCAACGACAAUGGAUCAGCAACAGUCGGGGCAGUCAGGUAUUCCACCUGCGCUGCAGAGGGUUAUGAGUCACUUGGACCCUAAUGCGCCUGUGCGCCUACAGCCAUCACCGGCAUACUACCCACCUCCACCUGAUGGCGCGCCAGAGAGCGCAAGCAGUGCCAGGCGAAGAGGGUCGCGGGCUGGCAACUCGAACCGUAGCCACAACUUUGUGCGCAAUCUCGAAGACCGCACACUUGAAGAAGGAUUUGUGGGCCAAAACCACUGGCAAUGAUGAACUGGAUUGUUGCACUGAUACACAAAGACGGGAAAAGGCGCCGUGUGCAACACGGAGAUGCGGCGUUUUGAUUUCCUGUUGAUAUCCCCCUUUCCCGUCCCCCAGAGUUCGUUGGUCAGCAACAUUGUCUAUGGUAUGAGUAGGAGAAUAAGAAGAAGCUAUGGAAGCGAGGAACACAACUCGGAGGGACCGCGCGGGCCGCACCAUUGUCCAUACCGGUUUGCACGAGGCUAUACGGCACCAUAUUGCGAUGCUCAGCCCGCUCAACUGGCUUUGCAUGGAUUCGCAACAGGCGCUCGUGAGUCAGGGCGAUUACUUCU